AGGAAGUAGGAAGACCACGAGGAAUUAGGGCAGGCAUGAAUUUCCCGUCAAAGCGGAUGAGCAACAUUUGAAUAGAUGGUAUGCCUACCUGUGCUUCUGCAGUGUAAUAACUAUCGUGCAAUCAUGGGCCACGAGGAAAAAUUACGAGCAGAAUGAGGACAUUCCCAAAAAGAUAUCACUCAACACCUGCAAUGAUGGACAUCACAAUUCAGUACACCGAGAGGUUGAACUACUCGAGAUAGAACAAGCAAUCAUUAUGGAGCCUUCCAGGGCGCCCCUUGAUGACAUCGCUGUAUCGAUAUUGGCUGGAAAGCUGGGGAAGGAGUGGAAACAAUUGGCGCUCCGCAUUGGUGUAACCGCUGAAAAACUAGACACCAUCAGGGCCAACAAUCCGCUGCACACGAUCAACCAGAUCAUAGAAAUGUUGCUCACCUGGCGGAGGAUGCAAGGACGGGAUGAUGACGUCGUUUCCAUCCUUGCUGAAGCUCUCAAGAGCGUUGGCCGGACCGACUUGGCAGAGGAAAUGCUAGCAGAUCAAAAAACAAGCACUUCGAGUACAAAUUUUGACAUCAGAGCUCUCCGUGCUGAGCUGAUUGAACAUUACAAAAACACAACCUGUAAAGUACCUACCCAUCCUCUGUUUCCGGCUUGGGUGAGAGAUAUGAGCGAAAUCUACGUUGAUCUAUACAUGGCUGACAAAAAUGAUCAGUCGCACAGGCAGUCGCCACGAUCAGCUGAUCCACCAGAGAGGGAUUCUUUGCAAGGGAGUGAGAAAGCUCGCCUUCAAUCCCACGGCGAGCUGGUGGGUCUAGAUGGUCCGGGCAAGUACAGGGUGUUGCUGAAGGGUAAGCCUGGUUCUGGGAAGUCGACAGUUAUCAAGAAAGUUACCUAUGAUUGGUCAAGUCUAGAAGACUGGGAGGAAGAAAAAUCUCAGUCUGAGGCAGAGGCUGUAAAACCACACCAGGAACAACCAGAAAAGCUCCGGUCAUCGUUCUCCAAAUUUACAUUGUUGUUUCCUCUUAAGCUUAACAAGAUGAUCAAUGACACGGGCAUUGUGGACAGCAUUUGCGGCCAAAUUCUUGCCCGGGAUACUAAGGUGUCAAAAGUUGGCCUGAAAGAUUACAUCGAGAGUCAACAAGAAAAGGUUCUCUUUCUCUUGGAUGGUCUAGACGAGCUGCCGGCGAGUGUCUUUGAGGAGAGGGAGGGAGACAACUACUUAAUGGAUGUGCUGAAAGGAAGGGCACUGAGACGUUGCUGUGUCAUAGUUACUAGCAGGCAUCACAGAGCAAGUCAGCUUCUUAAAUGCUAUCCCCACUUUGCUUGUGUUGAGAUCACCGGUUUUGCCCCCAAAGAGAGAGACAGCUAUAUCAAGAAGUACUUCGCCAGUCUACAAAACCAGGCGCAACUUAUAUCCGAGAUGGAAGCCUCAACAAGUCUUCGACACUUGGCUGAGAUCCCUCUGUUACUGCUAAUGAUGUGCCUCGUAUGGGAGGCCGAGUCUGGACUGCCAAAGAGAUUGACCGAGCUGUACGAAAACGUUGUCGAAAUUCUUCUCAUGCACCAAGCUACCAAGCACGGAGUUCCUUUGUCAAAUCAAAGUCAGCUACCGCAUCAGCUCAUGAACAGGUUGGGGCAGGUGGCACUCCAGGGAUUACUAGACAGCGGAGGAGAAAGACUUGUCUUCUCUGCGGAUGACUUCUCCCAAGAAGAUAUUGUUAAGGCCUGCGACAUUGGACUACUGAUUAGUGACACUGUAGCAGCGGGUUUAAAGGCUGAAUCGACGGUCUCGUUUUUGCAUAAGAGUUUUCAAGAGCUUUGUGCAGCGUUUUACUUGGCCGAACUCGCCAAGACCAGUAAGAAGCAGUUUAAGAAGUACAUCAAAUGCAUCACUGUUGACAGAGUAGGCGACAUGGAGUACCUGCUUCGGUUUUGCUGUGGGAAGAGCACACAAGCAGCAAAGAUGAUCCUCCGUCAUGUGCAGAAACUCGAGAAACACAAUUUGUACUUCGAGAGGAGCCAGUCCCAGCGCCUGAGGUUGAUGCUCGCAUUUGAAGCUGGGUCUAAGAAGCUGGCAAGCUUCCUGUCAGACGUGACGUCGUUUCCUAAUCUCAAAGGUGAAGAUCUCCUUGCUGCCAACUGCUUCUUGCAAAACGUUCGGUGCCUGACAAGCGUCAAGAAGCUUAGCGUUGAAUGCACUUCUUCGACAGAAAUGAGUCUUCUGAUGGCUAUGCUCAGCCACACACCUAAUCUUCAGGAUCUGAUUUGUCACAAGGGACCGCAGGGCACUCCCGGGGAAGAAACAUCCGUCCAGAUCCCCUGCCUGAGAAAGUUGACGACGGUGUACUUCUUUGACAAUCCUGCCAGCCGGUCUUCUGGUCAAACUAGCUCACUAGUGCCUCGAUUUAUUUCGCAACAAGUCAAUAUGACUCACAUUCACCUGCUUGGUAUCGAUAUGCACGGUUGGAUGGGUAGCUUACGGCCACAUGCUCGAGCAGUAGUUUCCUUGUCGUUGACUAACUCUGGUCUUCUCACUGCAGACAUCAAUAUAUUAUGCGAUAUCCUGUCAGGGGCUUCCAGCCUCAAAGCUCUGACCCUUUCCGGUAACAGUCUGCAUGGGUUAUUCCAAAAUUUGGUAUUUAUUGGCCCCUCCCUGGAAAUGCUGGAAUUGUCUAAAUGUGGUAUCCUCGAUGAUGACGUGGAGUCCCUCGCGAAGCUCCUAUCGGCAGCGCAAAGCCUGAAAAGGCUGAGCCUGAGCAAUAACAACAUGCACGGCCGACUGAAUGUCCUUGCCCCAGUGGUUCCGCACCUAGACACGCUGCAUCUUGAUUACUGCGGCUUGAAGGAUAGCGACGCCGACACUCUGUCCAUGUUACUGCCUUCUGCGGAGAACUUGAGGAAGCUGCAUCUGCUUCACAAUGACUUCGGUAACACAGAUGACAUCAAAUUCAUGGUGUGCAUGAAAGUCCCAGGAGAUACAUACCUUCUCUUGAGCUACGACGUCUUCGGUUGGACGUCUCAAUUGUAGGCUAGUGGGUCAACUUUGCCAUAUGCAGAGGCCAACCCUUUCUUGUGUAACGACUGUGUAACAUUAAGAGACAUUUACCUUAUACACUUGUAAACUUCGCACUUUAAGUUUAAACCGAGAGUGUAGUGGUAAAUCCCCUCAAACACAGGUGGGACAUGACUGCUAGUAAUUGAAAUACAGAUUCAGUACGUGGCAUAGCGUAUUUUCAAGCCGCUGAACCCAGGCGCAUUACAAAUCAUGACUCUGCAAUUUUUAUUCUGAAAUUGAAAUUCUAGAAUAUUGUUUUUUCCUCAAGCUGUACAGUAUCCAAUGAGCUAAAACUUCAUAAGGUUUGUUCUGAGGCAUCCUUCUUUAGAUUUUGAGUCAUUUUGUGGCCUGAAGGAACAUAAUACACAAAUUAAAAAUGAUGGACCGUACCUUUAAUUGUGUCUGAUAUUAAGGUCUAACAGUUGCUACAAGUAGAUUGACCUCAACCCAGAACCAUUUAUGGUACGUCAAUGCAGUGAUCAUUUGUGCAUUCUCAAUUCCUAUUUGGUCUGUUUUCACAAGAUUUCUGGGAACACCUGCUGCAAAAUGUUAAACCGAAUCUCAGGCACGUAAGAAUUGAGGGCUCAAAGAUCCAUCAAACUAAAUGUCUAAGUAUUUUAAACCCCUAGAU